GCUACACGCUUGUGCGAUCACAAGUCCCGCCUUCGGGCAUUACGAUGCGGCGUCGGCCUUUUGGCCGCGCCCCCACCUCCUCCCUUCAGAGAGGUCGGUCGGUGAAGCCCACUCUUUUAUGAGUGAGGCCGGCCUCUCUGCCGUGAGAAUAUAUCCUGGGCAGCGUUCUCUUUAGAGGACCUGCCCAGCGGUCGGCAUCCUCUCCGCGCGACGGGCGUCCGCAACUCGUCUGUCAAGCGGAGAGGAGUGCUGUUCCUCUAUCAAGCGCGCCCGCCCCAAGCCCUCAACAUCAGGGUUGGUGCGGGUGCGGCCUGAUGUCGUUACCUAUGGAGUGCACGUUUGGUCAGCAUCCAGGUCUCUUGGGUCUUCGAGCCAUCCCACGACUCAAGAGGCCUGGAACCAAGUACGCAACGCAGGAUUCUUCCGCGACGCCAUCGAACGCUUCACGACCUUUGCUCAGGCACCUCGAGCCAGGUAUGCACUAGGUGCCGGAAACGCAAGACAAAUGGCUCGGGGUGGCUGGGACAGAAACGUAACAUGUGGUGGUCGCGGUUGUGGUUGGGGACAGAAACGUAACACAUGGCUUUCAAGUGUGGAGGAUGUGGAUCGGACUGGAGUUGGGUCUAUCGAAUGGAUACCAACGAACAAACUCCAUGAUCUCUUCUUCUUGUAUUACAUGUUCUUGCCUGCACCAAAACCUAUCGCUCCCGAUGUCUCGUUCCAAGAAUCCACAUCUACUUAUGCACCCCAUUUAGAUUCCGCGCAUUCUUCAACCCACUACAAUUCGUACAGUUAUGGCACCCCACACAGUCGGUGCAAUCAUUACACGAAUGGCAAUCCACACAACCAUCGCAAUUGGUACAGCUGUGACAUUGUUCGCAGUCCUUACAGCUGGUACAUGAGUGGCACGCGACACAAGACGUGCAAGAUGUGCAAGAGUGGCACCCGGUGCAGUCUUUGCAGCUAUUGCAGGAGUGGCCUAUGGCUUCAGCGUUAGUUGGAGGGACAAAGACGGGGCAGGGAGGAAAAGUACAGCCUUUGCAGUUUGUGCAAUUAUUGUUGCUGUCUGACAUGGUUCUGGGGAAGGGGUUGGGGGUUGAA